UGUCGGAAGUGAUGAGGACAUAAGAUAUGCAACGCGGACAGAGUUCUGGAGCUCUAAGCGCAUCUUGGACACUGCACUCUCUCAGUGAGCGACCGCUGCGUUUGUUCUAAUUGAAGCGGUGAGUAUGCGGCUCCUAGCUUUGCGCAGUCGCUCUUACCUCUCAAGGUACCUCUACGUCACGCUCGCGUAUACCAUCUUACACCCCACGCUGCCCAAACUUGCUACCUACUCGUUCAGGAUUCUCAUCAGGGUCGGUGUCCUCUUCUUCGUACACAACUGUCACUCAGUCUAUACACACACACCAUUCCGCUGAGCACCAUUAGGAAUCAGCAAAGUAUCAUGGUCGGUCUCACAGCUUACUGCACUCCUCUUCCCAACCACAUAGCCCUCAGCGAGCACUCACGCAGAUUCUACGACGGGACGUAUAAGUGGGAUUCGGAAGGCUUUACCGAUGACGUUGGAGUCUAUCGCGAAUUUGACUGCUAUGAUCCUGCUGCUCGUGCUCCAACGCCCCUGCCACCGCUGUGCUUGAGCGACAACGAUGAAGAGGCCGGCGCUGUGGAACAGAGGAUCGACAGCGGAGAACAGAAAGCCCGGAAAUUGGAAGAGGGGGCCGGAGUGUUUAUCUUCGCGUCAAAUAUCGACAGCAAGGGUGGUUUUAUCACUUUACGACGUGAUGAUCUAUUUCGUGAUCACGCCAAUAGAGAGCGUCUCAUCGGCAAAAUGGAGAGUGUUUUGAUCGAAAGCAAAUCAAAGAAGAUGUACUUGACUCUGGAAGAGUGCUGCAGCGCGUGUGGCAUUCCUGAACACCUCAGCCCCAUGAAAAAUUCGCCAAAGCAACAAAAUAUCAAAUUCGUCACGCCUUUAAAAACGACCAAAUCGGACCCACGCAUGUUCUUCUCGCCUUCAGAGUUGUCAGACUGUCCUUCGGAUAUAUCAGAGUGGGAUGUUGACAACCCCGUGUUGAAGACGAGGACGUUUGAGAAUCUGGUUAUCGACGAAGAACUCAAACAAGGCAACGAUGAGGAACCACCACAGAAGCCUACAACCCGCGGCGUUGCACGAAAGGUCAAGAGGAAGAAGUCGGCAGCAAAACCUAUCAAGUCGUCGCCUACGAUUGAGUCAUUACAGACCGGCAGUUAUACAAGGGGCACUGGGGAGGCAUCAAGGCGUCGUUCCACGAGACUUAGUAGCUCUCAAGCUGGCAGAUAAGUUCCGGCAUUGACUUGAGGCGUUCAGCGGUGUUUCCGGAUCAGGAGGUUUUGAGUUUGUCAGUAAUCCUCCGGGACGGAAGUAUCUUA